UGCUAGCUAAGAGUGGGAUCAGCAAAUAGGAAGAUUGUGUGCGUGUGGAGCUAGUUUUAUUAUUGUUUUUUCUCUACAAAUGGACGUCGGGGUGUGUGUGAAGUAUAUUGUGUGAAUACUUGUAACAGUGGCGGCUGCAGACAAGCAUGGAUUAACGUGUGUGUAUAAUUGGUUAUAGCGCACAACUGCAGCACUUUCUCUAGAUAUGUGACCAAUUGAUAUAUAAAUAUAUAUAUAUCAGCGGGAGUGUUGGGCAGGCGGCAUUUGCAGACUGGCAGAGAGAGAAGCUCAUAGGGAGGAAGAAACAGCUGCAGAGUUUAGAGGAAAAUGUACUUGUAUGGCCUGGAACAUGAGGGUUCUGCAGAGUCAUACACCAGUCGCCCGUCGGACUCGGACGUGUCUCUUGAGGAGGAUCGAGAAGCCUUGAGGAAGGAGGAAGAGCGACAUGCUUUGGCACAGUUGGAAAAAGCAAAGACAAAACCGGUGGCCUUUGCAGUUCGGACAAAUGUGGGAUACAGCCCGUCCCCCGGGGAUGAUGCGCCCGUGCAGGGAAUGUGCAUCAACUUUGAUCCCAAAGACUUCCUUCACAUCAAGGAGAAAUAUAACAAUGACUGGUGGAUUGGUCGUGCCGUGCGAGAAGGCUGUGAAGUUGGAUUUAUCCCAAGUCCUGUGAAGUUAGAGCACAUGAGACUUCUUCAGGAACAGAAGCUGCGACAGAGCCGACUAAGCUCCAGUAAAUCCAUCGGUAAUUCCAACAGUUUAGGUGAUGUGGUUAGUGGGACCCGCAGACCUACACCCCCAGCUACAGGUCCUCUGGACUCCCCCUUAGUUUAUGAUAUAGAUCACGUUGAUUUAGAGUAUGAGGACACAGAAGCUCAAGGGGCUCAAGGGGCUCAGCGCUCCCCCCUCAACAGCACAGGGAGCGUCACCACUCCUCCAUCCACUACCAAACGGGUCCCUUUCUUUAAGAAGACAGAGCACAUCCCCCCUUAUGAUGUUGUUCCAUCCAUGAGGCCGAUCAUUCUAGUGGGACCAUCAUUAAAGGGAUAUGAGGUCACGGAUAUGAUGCAGAAAGCUUUGUUUGAUUUCUUGAAGCACCGAUUUGAUGGGAGGAUUUCCAUUACUCGGGUUACUGCUGAUAUUUCUUUGGCCAAACGAUCAGUCCUGAACAACCCAAGCAAACACAAUAUUAUGGAGCGCUCCAACACACGCUCUAGUCUUGCUGAGGUACAGAGUGAGAUUGAGCGCAUCUUUGAGCUGGCUCGAACCCUACAGCUAGUUGCCUUGGACGCAGACACUAUCAACCACCCAGCCCAACUUGCUAAAACCUCCUUGGCACCCAUUAUUGUCUACAUUAAGAUCGCUUCUCCAAAGGUUUUACACCGGCUGAUCAAAUCCAGGGGAAAGUCCCAGGCGAAGCAUUUGAAUGUACAGAUGGUGGCAGCUGAUAAACUGGCACAGUGCCCUCCGGAAAUGUUUGACAUCAUUCUGGAUGAGAACCAACUGGAGGACGCAUGUGAACACCUGGCAGAGUACCUAGAAGCCUACUGGAAGUCCACUCAUCCAGCCAGCAUCAACCCACCCAAUCCACUGCUUAACCGUACCCUUGCCACUGCAGCCCUGGCAUCCAGCCCCGCUCCUGUCUCCAACCUCCAGGGUUCCUACUUGGUACAUGGGGAGCUGAGGUCGGAUGGAGCUGACCAGAUGGGCAUUUACGAGGGGCAACUACGGAGAGGUCAGAUGGGUUCUCGCAUCCUUUCCCGGCAUGACACACUAGAGUCGGAAACGCAGGGCAGUCGGGACUCUGCCUACACAGAGCCAGGUGAUUCCUGUAUGGACAUAGAGACUGACCCUUACGAGGACUUGGAGCCCAAGAGCCAAGGAAGAGAAACCAGGAGGCUUCAACGUCAGGGCUCUUGGGAGGAGCUGGGUCCAGAUCAAGAGAACCUACUGCAGAGGAGAAGGAGGGAAUCUCCAAGGCCGCAGGGGAAAGGCAGGGAGCAGUACUGGCAUGAGGGUGAUGGCAGGAACAGGAGUCAGCUGGACAGCUGGGGGAGAGAUGUGUGUAUCCGUUAGGCCUGGGCAUGAGGGCACCAUACAACUCAAACACACACACUGUAUGAACCCAACCUCCUCAACCUACACUUCUAUUUCAUAAUGGGCCCCUUGCAUUACAUGUACUCCAGAAGCAGAUUCAUCAGUCCAAUUCACUUCCACUGCCACCCGUUGCUCAUUACACCUCAGAACUCUACUGACAUUCCUUCUGGUCCUUUGGAGACGUGACCUCUCCGCUGCACUGCUGUUCUCCAUGUCAGCACUGCCCUAUGACUCUCCUGUUGCACUAUCAAUGCUACCCACUAUCUCUUUGCACCAACACUGCCCUCUUACAAUCUAACUGCACUGACACUGCCCUUGGACACGACUCUGCACUGACUUCUACUGUAGUCAUUGCCGUGGGAUCCAGUUACUGUCCCAUGUCUACAGACCUACUGAUUGUACGGACAUUGCCUUCUCAUCACCCCCUGUUCCUUAUCCUGAGUCCAAUCUCGUAGUUUCACUUGUCCAACACACUCUGUACUAUCAGCCCAACAAUUGCACAAUCAGUGUCUUGUGGUCCCCUCUUUGCACUACCCUUUCAGCUCCCCAAUAUAGAGAAGAGGGACCAGCCCUUCCCAGCCAGUAGCAGACAUCACCUUCCAACGUUCUCCUGCACCUCUUAUAGAAUCCAGGUGGGUCUCCUUCAGCCUGACCUCUUGGGGGUUCUGAGACCCCAACACUCCGCUCAACAACGUGCCAUAAACCCAAUUGCUGGAGAGAAGAAUGUAUUACCCACUUUGUGCCAGAAGAGACAGCUUCUCUAGGAGCUGAUGGGUAACCCACAUAUCUGGAUCUAUUGCCCCCCGCUAUCAGCAGGGUGCAAGGAGUUGACGGAUGCCUGGAGUAUUCACGUGCCUGCAGAUGUCCAUAUUCUUUGCCUGCCGUUUCAUAAUAACGAUUCCUGCCUGGUUUGUGUUCCCGACUUGUUCCGACCCAACGGUUUGGCACCAAGUAUUCCCGGCACAAGCUUUUUCCAAAGGGAGGAGGAUUUUCUUUCUUUUUUUUUUAUUGUGAGUUCAUUUUUUUUGGACCUUGUUUGUAGUAGAAUCUUCAGAGGCCCAUUGUCCGCUCAUCUAGGUGCCGGCUCAGAACUUACUGCCAGUGAGAUAUAUAUAUAUAUAUAUAUAUAUAGGUGCCCGAAAAUGUGUGUAUUCAUUCCUUCCUCGGAUAUCUCUUGAUCUUGUUUAUGUGGAUAUAUAUAUAUAUAUUUAUAAACGCAACUUCAACGUAUGCAUUGUAUAAACAAGCCUCGUAAAAGAUUUCUACGUCCAUUUACACCUAUUUAUACCUAAUUAU